AUGGCGACGACUUCAGCUUUCAAGUGGCCAUGGCAAUACGAUUUCCCACCUUUUUUCACAAUUCAGAAAUCGCUGAGUACAAAAGACAAGCAAUUAGAAGCAUGGGCUCGACUCGUUAUUGAUUAUGCGCAACACAAUAAAAUUUAUUCAUUGGAUAUUGCCGAAGCUACGACCAGUGAACUAUUCAAUAAUCAGAAACUCAAUCGUCGACUAUCAACUGAUGGCGUCAAUACGGUACUACAGUAUUUGGAGCAGAAAAAACUUAUUGAAUUCACCGACAAUGGCCGAACUCGUUUCCAUAUAUUUUGGCGUCGUCCGGAUGUUUGGGCCAAUAUGAUAUAUCAAUGGGCAGUGGAGAACGCUUUCCUCAACACACCUUUAACACUUUAUGAAAUCACUCACGGUGAUGACACUACUAAUGAGUCUUUCCACAAUUUGGAACGAGAAAUUUUAAUGAAGGCAUUGGCCUGUCUUGAAGAGCAGCGUCGUGCACAGUUGAUGAAUAUUGGUGGAGACAACGAAGGCGUCAAAUUUCUCUGA